GGCUGCUCUGGCUCCAUCUCGUGAUACCACCCGUACUGACCCCCGAAACAUCAGCAGCACCCUCUCCAUCCUGAAGAGCACAGGAACAGGCUUGUCUAACACUCGUGGGGCCUUAAGAUCCAGAGCCGUACUCCCUGAAAACAUCAACCAGCUGUGCCAGAGUCAGUUUAAGAGACAACAUCACCUGAACGAAUGUACGCAGGCCCCCAUCGCUGCAGUGGCCUCCUCUCAGGAGAGACAGCCACAGCCCUGCUUACCAUCCUCGAAGCCUGUCUUCCUUGCACACCUGCUAAAAAGGUGCGAGAUGUUCUCCUCUGACUCGAUCUCCUCGAUUGAAGAACGGCUUAAAAAGCAUGAGAUAUAUCCACACAUCCUGGGAGUGCAGGUCUGGGACAAACAGCAGCCAUGUGAAACACAGUGGCCACAGUCCAAGCAGUCGUUUCUUCCAACUGGUGAUGAUGGAGAUUUUGUUUUACAAAAGCGAAAUGACUCCUCUGAAAGCCCCAUCCCCUCCUCAGCUGUGACGGUCUAUAAGAGCGCUUUCAUCUCAGAGCUGCCGAGCACACACCACAGCCCGUCUCUGACAGACGCUGCGCUAAACCCUUUCCACAAAGCAGACAGAGGAGCGCUGCUGUCACAACACGGAUGAUGGUGGAAUCAGCAGCCAAUCACAGUCCAGACUGUAGCUCUGUAUGCAAUGGGUCCGCAGCUCUGAAGGGCCACGAGGGGCCACCAGUGUUGGUCGAUGCCUGGCUGGUCCCCACUUUCUUCGGCCUCAUCAUGCUGGUCGGCUUGGUUGGAAACUCUCUGGUCAUCCAUGUGGUCACCAAGCACCAGCAGAUGAAGACUGUCACCAACUUCUACAUAGUGAACCUGGCUACAACCGAUAUCUUGUUUCUGGUCUGUUGCGUGCCUUUCACUGCCACACUGUACCCACUGCCCAGCUGGAUCUUUGGAGAAUUUAUGUGUCGACUGGUCAACUACCUUCAACAAGUGACUGCUCAGGCGACAUGCAUCACUCUGUCAGCUAUGAGUGUGGACCGCUGCUAUGUGACUGUCUAUCCUCUGCAGUCACUGCAGCACCGAACCCCACGCAUGGCUCUGGCCAUGUCUGUGUCUAUCUGGAUAGGCUCCCUGCUUCUGUCGAUCCCAGUCGCUGUGUACCAGCGUCUGGAGGCAGGAUACUGGUUUGGUCCUCAGACGUACUGCAGUGAGGUCUUCCCUUCAGCUCAGCUCCAGAGAGCCUUCAUCAUCUACAGCUUCCUGGCUGUCUACCUGCUACCCCUGUUCACGAUCACCGCCUGCUACGCCUUCAUGCUCAAACGCAUGGGGCAACCCAGAGUGAAUCCCAUCGACAGUAGCUACCAACUUCAGGCACAGGCAGAGCGAGCAGCGGCAGUGCGGGCGCGAGUCUCCCGGAUGGUGGUGGUGAUGGUGGCCCUAUUCCUCAUCUGCUGGGGCCCCAUCCAGGUCUGCAUCCUCCUGCAAGCUUUUGGCCUCCGCAGUUACGUUCUAUACAAGCUGAAGAUUUGGGGUCACUGCAUGUCUUACUCCAACUCCUCCGUCAAUCCCCUGGUUUACGCCUUUAUGGGCAACAACUUCAGAAAGGCCUUCAAGCAGGCCUUCCCUGCCACAUUCCUGUGGCGCACAAGGAGGAGAGUGAGGGUAGGAAACAUGGACGCAGCGGACGAUGGAGAGACUGAUCGGCAGACACCCAAAGGAGAGGCAGAGAUGCACUAUCUUUCAUCUGGGUCCUAAAGGCCAUGCCGGGCAUUCGGACACUGUGAACUCAUUGUUUAUUUAUCAUGUGUUCUGGAGAUGAGAGCAGUCUGCUUGCACUGGUCUCUCUCUGUGUGUGUGUGUGUGUGUGUGUGUGUGUGUGUGUGUGUGUUUGGAUGUAGACAUGCAAACAGAGAGAGAG